AACAGAUUCGAUUUGUUUGUUUACAUUAGAACGGUGCACCGGUGUGUAUGUGUGUUAUGUGUGUUUGCCAAACAUUUUACGCAGUUGGCUUCGACGGCGGCUCCGUACUUGGUCCAUCGACAAAUAGUAAAAACGUCGUCAAGCGUACCCGGCCGAACCCCGCUGCCGCCAGAUACAUACACAGCGACUGUACCCGACGGCAUAAAUGAAUGGUGUAUUGCCAUUCAUUUGGUUUUGGAACGAGCAUUUGGUGUGCGGCGAUAUGUUUCGAAUCAGUUCAAACAUUAUAAAGGUUAGACGAGUGCUGGAUGACUUGGAAUUGAAUGAGAACGAUGUGCGCAGCAACUGCCAGGGAAUCCAGCCAACCAACUGGACAAAGAGAACACAAGCUUGUCAUGGUGGGACUGGACAACGCCGACAAGACGACCAUUCUGUACCAGUUUGUGAUGAACGAGGUGGUUCACACGACCGAUCGGAUCGAACGUGGAAGAGGUACGCACGCAGUUUACCAGAUGACCAGUGGCCACUUCGUAACGUGCACCACGCAGCUGUCAAAAGUUCAUAG